AGGCAUCACUGAUGGGCACUGAAAGGCAGCACUCAUAUAUGGCACUGAUAGGCGGCACUGACUGGCACUGAUAGGCGGCACUGGCACUGAUUGGCACUGAUGGCAUUGAUAGGUGGCACUGAUGGGUGACACUGAAAGGCAGCUCAGAUGGGCACUGAUGUGUCAUUGAUGUGCACUGGUAGGCACUGGCAGGUGGCAUGGAUGAGCACUGACAUAAGGCACUGAUGGACACUGACAGGUGGCAUUGCUGGGGCUACACAGAUCAUCAGGGCACACUGAUCAUCAGUGCCCUGAUGAUCACUGUCAGGGUGACAGCUCGUGAGGAGAGAAAUGCUGAUAACCGGCAUUUCCCUAUUUACAUUCAAUCAGCUAUU